AUGGAUAUGACUCCGCAGUUGCGGGUUCCCUGGUUCACCAAGUGCAUUCUAGCCUAUCUCCUCUGCGCCUGUCCACCGAUCUGGAUCAUCGAAUUGCACCACCUACAACAGCUCAAUGAUGCCACCAAGGCCGCGAUUCAACAGCAGGCGGCUCAGAAACAGCCUGAACUGGCACCAAACCCUUGGGACAAGACAGGUCUUCAAUAUAAUAAGCCAAAUGUAAGCAACAGUGUUAUCCAAAACUGA